GUGUUGAUCUGACCAGUGUGACAGGUUGUUCAGUUCUUCCAUUUCAGUUGAACAGCAGGCUGCAGAUUUGAAGAAAAAAGGAGAGAAAAUGGAGGCUAAAAGCAAUAAUGAGUUUCGGAUCGUUUUGUCUGAAGCAACUCAAUCAGAUUCCACCAUUCAGUGUCACCUAUAUCCUGAAAUCAGUGCUGUCAAUAUGGAGAUUAGAUGGUUUAAGGAAACAGACUGUGUGUAUUUCUAUAAGAACAAACGGUUGAUAAAGGGGGAGGGUUAUGAAGGCAUAAAGAGUCUAUGCAUUGACGAGCUGGAGAGAGGAAUUGUGUCCUUACAGCUGAAGGAUGUCAGAGAAUCAUAUGCUGGUGAUUACCUGUGUCAGGUCACCAGUGGAGACAGGACAGAGGAGAUAACAGUAAGAAAAUAUGAAGAUCAUACUGAAAUGCCUCAACAAACAGCCACACUAUGGACUAAACAGAUCGACAAAGCAUGGACUGAUGAGGAGAGAAUAAAAAUGGCAAAUUCUGCUUUACUGGCAGUUUUCUAUUGUCUAGAAAAAGAUGCGCUAAAGGAAGAUCUUCAGGGCAACAUAGAAGUUGAGGAGAACCAGAAUGAGACUGAGGAGAAAGACACACAACAGGAGGAAACAAGCGGACAUAUGCAUGAGAGCACAAAUCUCUUAGUGAUGGAAACCAGUACCUGUAUGCUGGAGGAACAGGAAACCAAACCAGAAAACCAAAUCUUACAUCUGGGCAAUCAACAACCGGGAUGUUCAAGUCAGAAAUCACCGGACAGUGAUUUUACAAACCCUGGACAAAUCCAAAAUCAAGAAUGCGAAAAUUUUGUGUGCAAGAAUGAAGGCCGAUCUCAGCAAGUGAAGAUGAAGAGGCAAAAAAUGGGAAACAAUGAACCUAGUACAGAAGAGGUCAAAGUGUUCUCCAUUUUGGCUGGAAAGACAAAUAACUGUCACAAGGGUGUUAUCACCCUGCUGAGAAACCAAAUCAAGAAUCUGAGUGAAGUUGGAACAGUGGACAAGAGUGACAUUAUUUUAGUUUUCUGUCCUAUUGUUUCUCGAGCUGGAACUGACAUUGAUGCAGCUCUGAACAAAUCCAAUUAUUCCACAGAUUCUAAGCUAACUGUUCUAGUGGUGCUUCAUCACACGUUUGACCCAGAGAAAGUGGUCCCAGACAGCAGCAGAUCUGUCAACAGGACAGACAUACUCACAGUGGACUAUCUGUUCUAUGAGGAUACAGGAUUGCUGAAGUGUCAGAAGAAUUCAGAUUCCACUAUCAAAGUUUUGAACUGGCUAAUAGAGCAGGGGAGUAAAAGAGGUGUCAAAAUAUGUCCACGUGAAAACAAAUUACACCACAAUACUCUUUCAAGCUGGUGGUCAUCUUGGUCUCAGAAAAGCCUGACAUGACGAGGGUCAAUACACGCCUGUCAGUCUGUCUGCCUUUGCUUGCUGCAAUGUUUCAUCUUCUGUAUUACACAGACACAAAUGUAAUUUGUUUAACAAAUGAUUAUUAGCUAUUAAGUGUAUAGAAAUCACCUGGUUAUUCUCUUCAGAGCAACUUAAUGGUGUUUCUUUAAUUUCAUGUGUGGAAGAACUGAAUUCAAAUAAAGGAGGCACACUCUCCAUCUAUAACGGCUUGUUUUUUUUUCAUAAAUGAAAUAAAAUAUAAAAACUUGCUGGUGAAGUCAGGCUGGGAGAAACAAAGCAAUGCUUCAUUUUCUGUAUUAUACAGAGACAAAUGUAAUUCAUUUGUUCUUUGUACUCUCUUUUAUUCAAAGAUUUUUGACAAAUGUUUAAUGUUGUGUUUAAAUAAGUGUGCAAAUCAUUUAUGUCAUAUGAAUGAUAAUUUUAAGUAACUGUCCACUCUUUAGCUGUCAUGUUUACUGAUGAAUUAUAUCUGUUUCAGCACCUCUGCCUGAAGACAAAGGGAUAUAAAACAUUAUUAAAUCAAUA